GGUAGUUGUUUCCGUUUGCAGCGCGAACGACAAAAAGUAAUUAUUUGUUCGAUGUUACCCGGUUGUACCUUCUUAUGUAAUACAUUCAAACGCAUCAUUAUUUAACUGUGUGGAUAUUUUAAGACGCACGAUUAAGGAAAUUCAGGUUAUGGAUACACGAGGCUCUAAGGAAAUGCGACCCAGGGAGCUCCCGCCUCUUCCACCGCGAGGUCACCGAACACUUCCCUCAAUGCCCAGUCAAGACACAGCUGCAGAAGAGGCAGCACCAAGACACAGGAAGAAGAGAGUGAGAAAACAGAACAGUGGAGUCGAUGAUGUGGACGAUCAGCAGAUGAAGAUGGGAGGUCUGGGCAGCAGGAGAGAAUCUGAGGUUGUAGAGCAACUUUCCCCUGAACCCACUCCUGAAGCCCCUCCACAGAGGAGGAAGAAGAAAAAGAAAACACACACCAUUGAUCCUGAAGAUGACCAGGCCGAUCUGGUGAGUGGAGAUGCAGCGGAUCAGACCACAGACGGUGAGGAGGUGGUAAAAAAACCCAAAAGGAAAAGGAAGCCAAAAGUCGCUGAGGCACAGCAUCCUGAGGUAGAAUUAGAAGACAUAGAGGAGGAUGAUAUUAUCACUGACACCCCUCCUCCACUCUCUCAGCACUCGCUCUUCUCAGCCCCGCAGGGUCAAAGCCAGCCGGUUGGGAAAGUCUUUGUAGAGAGAAACAAGCGUUUCCAGGCUGUGGAGCGUUCAGACUGGAGGAAGACCAGCGACCAGAUGGAUCACAUGACGGACUUCCACCACGUGCAGCCUCUGUGGAACACCAGAGAUGUUUCUGUCAGAGUGCACAGAGGCUUCAGAGAGUUUGGGCUCAUCUGUCAAGGCUUCCUGGCAGGUUUUGCCUUGUGGAACACCGUGGUGCUAUACUUGUGGGCUGGGCAGCACCUCACUGCUCUAUCUAACCUGCUAGAGCAGUACCACAGCCUGUCUUACCCCUACCAGUCGCUGCUCUACAUGCUGCUCGCCAUCAGCACUGUGGCUGCCUUUGACAGAGUGAAUCUGGCCAAAGGCAUCACAGCUCUGCGAAAGUUCAUCACGCUGGACCCUCUUGCUCUCGCUGUGUUUUUGUAUUUCUCAGCGCUGGUACUCUGUUUGAGCCAGCAGAUGACGGCUGAUCGGAUCAACCUCUACCCAUCCUUCAACACAACACUAUGGCCUCCGGGGUCAGAGCACCAAAUCCUCCACCCAUGGAUGACAGUCAACCUGGUGGUGGCGCUGCUUGUUGGCCUGGCCUGGAUCUUGAUCGCCACACGACCUGAGACUGACUACACUGAGGAUAAUCUGAUGACCAUGGAGAUUGAGCUGCCCAAACCAGAAGAAAAAUCAGAAAUGACUGCCUGAGGAACUUCCGCUCUGUUGUCAUUUUGCACAUGUAAAAUAUUUGCACUAUA